CUGGACUUCGAGGGAUAGGCGGUGUUGUAGUGGGGAGCCGGAGGGUUCCCUCCUCUCGGAAUGCAGGAGCUCCCGGGCUCGUGGGGGCAUCGCCGUUUCACACUUCGCCAGCCAGGUAUGCAAGUGGGUGGGGCUGGUGAAGGGUGGCGUGAGAUCUGGGAGUUGGGUCAGUCUCUCGUCCUCCAGCGCGCCUGUUUGUUUCGACGUUUUCCUCCUCACUGGAGGUCUCAGUCGUGGGGUCUCCCUGGUCCCCUGGUAUAUAAGUUCCGUCCGCCCGUUCCUCCUCAUCAGUUGUUCGUUGCAGUUCCGAGGCACUUAAAGCCCUGUUCGCUGCCUGCUGGAAUCCGUUCAGCGGUCCUCCGUCGGAGGACAGAUUGCCACGCCUUGCCGCCCCGCGACCGCGCCCUCCGGCCGUCCAAGCAGCGGAGAUGGGGGGAGCGGAGUCCACGGGCGAGGACUCGCCUCCUGGGGACCAGGGGCGGCGUCGCUCGGGUGGGCUGCGGAUGCCGCAGAGGGCGCAGCUGGAGCGCCUGCGCGGGAGGGAGCGGCUGGCGGAGACUGCGAUCCCAGUCGCCACGCUUCGUCGGCUCUGGCACGCGCAGAGGGCGAUGGGGUAUGCUGUGGAGAUGCUGACGGACUCACACUCCGUUCUACGGAGCUCAGUGAGCCCGUGCAAGAUGCCUCACGAUCCGCUCCAUCGCUGCGCGAUGGCUGCAGCGGAUCUGGCGGUCGUGUCCACGCGAGUGCAGCCUGCGCCCGCCUCGGGAACCGUGUUGGACCCGCGCCUGCUCGCCGUGAUGCGGACAGUAUCGGCGAGCGUAGACUCGGCUGCAGCUGUAGACAUCAUUGGCGGUGCCGUGUCAGCGCUGCUGCUCCUGGGGGACUAUGUGAGGGCCCUGCUUGAGGAGGCUGGAGCGGACGAAGCCGCAUGAUGGGCUGCCGUCGUGUGUAGGUUCUGGUUGGUGAA